GAUGAAUUUUAAAUUUUACAAAUGUCUUUUAACCCUCACAUGCAAACCAAGAAAUCCACUACAGAUCCUGAAGUAGAAACGCGUGAUAAAGAGCAAAUUACACUACACGGUGAAAUCUAUUCCAAACUAAUUGAUAUUAUGGAGCUCGAUGAUGUUGAGGGCCUCCAGAAGCUGUGGAACGACCCCGAAAAUCAAAUCAAACUCAACAAGGCGAAAUUUGAGGAGGACCAGAAGUCAUUACUCCAUCUUGCAGUUGAAUAUCAAUCGAUGGAGUGCUGCGAGUUAAUUUUGCAGCAAGAUCAAUUCGCCGUAAAUGCGUGCUCUUCGAAUGGAACGACUGCCUUUGAGCUUGCAGUCGCCAGAGCUGAGCCGGAUCUCGAACUAAUUCAACUAAUGUUAGAUCGUGGAUGUGACCCCACUGCUAUCUUUCAAUUGGCCAUGCACGAUCUACAUGUCUACCAAUUAAUACAUUGCCAUCUUUUAAACAAGGCUAAAAGCAAGCGUUACGACCGGUUUACUCUGAUAGACGAUAUUGCACUUGGACUUGAGAAGUUCAAAGUGCCGAUGAAGAAUUACACCUCCACCACUGGUAUAUGGUCCAAGUUUUCACCUUUUAUUUACAUCAACAGAACAAUGGCUGGAGCUGAAGUUUCAGACACGGUACAGAUGAAUGACAGUCCUCGCGAACCCUGUGAAUGUUCAGAUGGCUGCGGCAACGAUUGUUCUUGUGUUAGGAGAGGAAACAUAACGUACUCAACUCCGGGUUUGAUCCACGUGCCUCCGUCUGAUCUGGAAUUUCCAGUUCUGUUCCAAUGCAGCUCAGAGUGUAGGUGCACUAACUGUGGCAAUCAGUGGGCUAGUUCAGGGUCAGAGUACCCGGUGGGUGUGUACUUUGUCUCUGAGUCGAUGGGUUUCGAUUUGAGGAGUAUGUGCACGAUUCCAGAGGGCGCAUUUGUGGGCGUGUACGCCGGUCGAGUGCAAGAUGUUAAAACCACGUGCGAGGACUCUGAUGACGAUUACAUUUUUGAGAUUCCCUGCUCAGUGGACGAGAAACACCAGCUAUUUAUAAACUCAAAGCAAUUUGGAAACUACACUCGCUUCAUAAACCACUCGUGCAAUCCUAACCUAGAAGUCAUCGAAAUUAAACAGGAGAAUUAUGUGAACUUCUCCAACCUCGGAAUCUUCGCGAGGACCGAGAUCCAAGAGGGACGACAACUGGCACUCGACUACGGAGACGAGUUCUGGAAAAACAAGAAGAAAAGCUUAAACUGCAGGUGCAAAUUUGAGAACUGCAAAUACGCUAAUAAUAUGCAGACUGCUGAAUAAAUUAUA